AACGAUCUUUUUUGGGUAGACCCAAAAUGGCGGCGGUUGCAAGGGCCCCGCAGUAAAACUGAAGCGGCGCGAGUGAAUGAAGUCAGCUGACCUCAGCCUCCUGUCACGCACCGCAGAAUCUUGCGUUUCUCGUUCGAGGAAAGACAGGGAACGGACACAUCACGACCAGACGUUGGACUGCUAAGCCGCAAAGAUGGACAUGUCCAAGCUGCCGAAAAUCAGGGAUGAGGACAGAGAGAGCCAGUUUGGAUACGUUCAUGGCGUUUCUGGACCAGUGGUGACAGCCACAGCCAUGGCCGGAGCGGCCAUGUACGAGCUAGUGCGUGUCGGCCACAGUGAGCUGGUGGGAGAGAUCAUCAGACUGGAGGGCGACAUGGCCACCAUUCAGGUCUACGAGGAGACGUCUGGUGUAUCGGUGGGAGACCCCGUGCUCCGAACCGGAAAACCUCUCUCUGUAGAGCUGGGUCCGGGAAUCAUGGGGUCCAUUUUUGACGGUAUCCAGCGACCCCUGAAGGACAUCAACGACAUCACACAGAGCAUUUACAUCCCCAGAGGAGUGAACAUUGGAGCCCUCAACCGAGACUCCAAGUGGGAAUUUUCUCCCAGCAAGAGCCUGCGAGUCGGCAGUCACAUCACAGGAGGAGACAUCUAUGGGAUGGUGUUUGAAAACUCGCUCAUAAAGCACAAAAUCAUGCUCCCUCCGAAGAACCGAGGCACAGUGACCUACGUGGCUCCGCCUGGAAACUACGACGUCAACGACGUGGUGAUGGAGCUGGAGUUUGAGGGCGUGAAGGAGAAGUUCACCAUGGUGCAGGUGUGGCCUGUCAGACAGGUGCGACCUGUCACGGAGAAGCUGCCUGCCAAUCACCCGCUGCUGACUGGACAAAGAGUUCUGGAUGCCCUUUUCCCCUGCGUGCAAGGAGGAACCACCGCCAUCCCUGGAGCUUUCGGCUGCGGGAAGACCGUCAUUUCCCAGUCGCUGUCCAAGUACUCGAACAGUGACGUCAUCAUCUACGUGGGCUGCGGAGAGCGUGGAAAUGAAAUGUCUGAAGUACUGCGAGACUUCCCGGAGCUGACAAUGGAAGUGGAUGGAAAGAUUGAGAGCAUCAUGAAGAGAACGGCGUUGGUGGCUAAUACCUCCAACAUGCCAGUCGCUGCCAGAGAGGCCUCCAUCUAUACAGGAAUCACACUAUCCGAGUAUUUCAGAGACAUGGGAUACAACGUGAGCAUGAUGGCUGACUCCACUUCCCGUUGGGCCGAGGCUCUUAGGGAGAUUUCCGGCCGUUUGGCUGAAAUGCCGGCUGACAGCGGUUAUCCUGCCUACCUGGGUGCCCGACUUGCCUCAUUUUACGAGCGUGCAGGAAGAGUGAAAUGUCUGGGAAACCCUGAAAGGGAGGGAAGUGUCAGCAUCGUAGGAGCUGUUUCGCCUCCUGGCGGUGACUUCUCUGACCCAGUUACCUCAGCCACACUCGGGAUUGUCCAGGUCUUCUGGGGUCUGGAUAAAAAACUGGCUCAGAGGAAGCACUUCCCUUCUGUCAACUGGCUGAUCAGCUACAGUAAAUACACCCGGGCUCUGGACGAGUAUUACGACAAGCACUUCCCUGAGUUUGUGCCCCUGCGUACCAAGUCGAAGGAGAUCCUUCAGGAGGAAGAGGACCUGGCUGAGAUCGUGCAGCUUGUGGGAAAGGCUUCAUUAGCAGAAACGGAUAAAAUCACUCUGGAGGUGGCAAAGUUGAUUAAAGACGACUUCCUGCAGCAGAACGGUUACACUCCGUAUGACAGGUUUUGCCCUUUCUACAAGACAGUGGGCAUACUCUCCAACAUGAUAGCCUUUUAUGACAUGGCACGGCAUGCAGUGGAGACCACAGCUCAGAGUGAUAAUAAGAUCACCUGGGCCAUGAUCAGAGAGCACAUGGGAGAAAUCCUUUACAGGAUCAGCUCAAUGAAAUUCAAGGACCCGAUGAAGGACGGCGAGGCCAAAAUAAAGGCGGAUUACGCCCAGCUGCUGGAGGACAUGCAGAACGGCUUCCGUACCCUGGAGGAAUAGACCUCCACUUCCUUUCACUUUCCAUCUCUCGUCUCCCUCCAGUGCAGGAUCACAUUCCAUGUAUUCUCUAUGUGCUCCCCUGAGUGAUUGUGCGAGUGUGUAAAAAAAUAAUGUGGAGGGAAAAGAGAAAGAUGUACUGUAUUCAUUUUUUUGCUGCCCUCUCAAUCCUCUGCAUGGUCACCAAUCGUGUGUGUGCGUGUGUGAGACAGAUGGAUGUCAUCGGCCCCUUCGUUCCUUCCUCUGUUUACAUGAUUCGUGUGUGCAGCCGUGUUGCUCUUCCUAAAGAGGAUUGUUCAGUUGAUGUAUUGUAAUUCACAACCCAUCUGUACAGAAGAGUAUUGAUUAUAAAUUUACUAAGAUCAGUCUAUUUAUUGCCAGCAUUUUGAUGUAGAGGCUUUCUGUUUGUUUUUAUGGUUGUGUUUCAUGCUGUGCGGUGUUGUGCAGUUCGCUGUGUGAAUGUAUAAGAGUCAAACUCUUGACGCUUUCGCUGUCCAACUGUUUCAUCAUGUUACUCCCAAAAAAUAAAAAAACUGGAAGAAAAAAAAA